AUGCUGGAAGGUGUGGAAACAGAGGCCGUGCAUAGCGCAGCAACCUCAAGGUUCGACCUUGAGUUUCACUUCUUUCAAGAGCCCAACGGCCUACAGGGCAACGUCUUCUUCUCAACAGAUCUCUAUGCGCCCGAGACAAUCGACAACAUGCUGUUACUCUUCCACAACAUCCUCCAAGAGUCCCUAAAAGAGCCAAAGGCGGCAGUUGCAUCCUUGCCACUGUUAACUAAGGCCCAAUAUUGUAGGCUUAACAGUAUAGGGCUUGUUCAGAUUGAGCAAACAAACUACCCGCGCGAGUCGAGCAUCGUCGAUCUGUUCCGCCAGCAAGUUUCUGCACAUCCAGCCAGGAUCGCCGUCAUAGACUCUUCCGCGGAGAUGAGCUAUACUGAGCUGGAUAGGGCAUCAGAUAUCCUUGCUCGAUGGCUGGUACGGCGCUCGUUCACGCCUGAGAGUCUAGUCGGCGUGCUCGCAAGCCGAAGCUGCCAGACCAUCGUCGCUUUCCUUGGCAUUCUGAAGGCUAACCUGGCGUACCUACCGUUCGAUGUUAAAAUACCAGGGAAGCGCAUGGAAGCUAUCCUUUCGUCCCUUCCAGGCCAGAGGAUCAUCUUGCUUGGAUCUGAUGUCCAGCCUCCGGAGGUCAAGCUCAGCAGCGUCGAGUUCGUCCGCAUUACUGAAGUCCUGAACGAUCAAGCUAAGGAUGGGAUUGCAGGGUGUAAAUCUGCCAUGGCGGCCCGCCCGUCAGCUAAAAGCCUUGCAUAUGUCAUGUUCACCUCCGGAUCGACGGGCCAGCCUAAGGGGGUCAUGAUAGAGCAUCGCGGCAUUGUGCGCCUGGUCAGAGACAACAACCUCGUGCAGCACUUACCAGCAUCGCGAGUCAUGGCGCACAUGGCGAACCUUGCCUUUGACGGUUCCACGUGGGAGAUAUACGCCUGUCUCUUGAACGGCGGAACACUCGUCUGCAUUGACGCAAUGGUGGUAUUAGACCCGGAAGCUCUACUACAAGCGUUCCGCCAACACGAUGUCCAAACAGCCUUCAUGACCACGGCACUGUUCAAAAAUCAUGCCCUGGGGUCGCCUGUGGUACUUGACACGCUUACCAUGAUUUGCGUGGGAGGGGAGCCACUGCACCCACGAGACUUCCUCUCGAUACAGAGCUCAGUGAGCAGUAAGAUCAUCAAUGGCUACGGUCCCACUGAGAAUACAACCUUCACCACAUCCUUCGUUCUGCACAAGGAGGAGCACUUCGCUAAUGGUGUGCCUAUCGGCCGCGCGCUGAGCAACUCGGGCGCCCACGUCAUGGAUCCGAAUCUACAACUCGUGCCACUCGGAGUCAUCGGAGAGCUCGUGGUCACGGGUGACGGUCUGGCACGAGGAUACACUGAUCCCCAGCGAGACAUCAAUAGGUUUGUUACCGUCACAGUUGCUGGCCAGACGGUGAGAGCCUAUCGAACAGGUGACUACGUCCGCCAUCGCCCUACGGACGGUUUGUUGGAGUUCUUUGGCCGGAUGGACGGACAGAUCAAGAUCCGGGGAAACCGUGUUGAGCUAGGAGAGAUUGAGCACGUUCUCCGAAGCCACGACUCUGUAAUCGAUGCAGUGACUGUGCUGCAACAGCAUGAUGAUGACGGGGUCCGGCUCAUGAGCUUUGUCACCAUUCAUGAAGGUGAUGUCCUGGCCGAUGAGCAGGCUGGUGCUGGCCACGAAUCGCAGCACGUCGACACAUGGGAGGAGCAGUUCGAUGCCGAGAUCUACUCUCCAAUUCACAACGUUCAAACCGAAAUUAUUGGAUGCGACUUCAUCGGAUGGACGUCUAUGUACGACGGUACAGAUAUCGACAAGACGGAGAUGAACGAGUGGCUAGACGACACCAUCGCUACGCUGCUCAACGGUCAGGACCCUGGGCACGUUCUAGAGAUUGGAUCAGGCACCGGCAUGGUCCUCUUCAAUGUGUGCAAGGGCCUGCAGAGCUAUGUCGGCCUUGAGCCAUCUCAAAAGGCAGUCGACUUCAUCACGACAACCGUUAAGUCCAUGCCUGCACUCAGAGGAAAGGUACACAUGUAUAAAGCCACAGCGGCGGACAUUGGCCAACUAAAACAGCCAAUCGCUGCCAAUCUUGUCGUCAUGAACUCGGUUGUGCAGUACUUCCCCAGCCAAGACUAUCUUUUCAAGCUUAUCCAAGACCUGCUUGCGCUUGAAGGCGUACGUACCCUCUUCUUUGGCGACAUCCGGUCGUACGCGCUGUACCGCGAGUUUCUAGCCACCCGAGCGCUACGCAUGGCCGGCGAUAAGGCCACAAAGGCUGACAUUCUACGCAUGAUGGCCGACAUGGAGCGAGUCGAGCGGGAGCUGCUGGUUGACCCAGCUUUUUUCACCGCCCUGCCAAGUCGCCUACCAG